GUCUACUGACGUAUACCACCUGAGUUACAUAUCAAGAUGGAGAGACAAGUUCCAGAUUUCACCAGUUGUCUGUAUAAUGACUACUCUCACCAGACGUAUGCAUUUGAAGAUUCUAUGUAUCCAGAUUCCAUACCAUGUAUCGAGUAUGACAAGGAUGAAUGUCACGGGAAUCAUCUGGUUACGGAGAACGAUCACCAAUGCACACCGAUGUCUGUACACUCCUACACAAGCCUGGCAGAUCAAGUCAACGCCAUCGACUUCGAGAAACUUUCACAGGGUACGGAAUACGAUAAAUGUCACGGUCUGUUCGGCAACGGCGAGUGUGGCGACUUGGAAAGAGAACCAACACUGUCCUACACAUGGAAAAGAGACAAAACGCAUCAGGGUACCGGCGUCAAAGAUAGAAGUUCGGCUAACAAGAGAGAAAGGGUCCGAAUGCACAAAAUCAUUGACGGUCUUGACCGUUUGCGACAAGUUUUACCCGAGUCAGGUUCAACAAAACGGCUCUCGAAGAUUAACACAUUAAAAGCAGCCAUCGAAUAUAUCACGUAUCUAGGCGAAGUUUUGGAAUUUGGUGCGGAGAACUGCGACCGUCGUCUUAACCUGAGAUAUGACAAGCAUAUACAAGGACUCCGUGAACGUCCAGCACCCGAUCAUCUCAAGAAACAGACUGUUAGUUCACUGGUUACUGGCCAGGAGAGAAAGACAGUUAAAGCGAGAAGACGACAGAUGUCAUCUAAGAAGUUACCACCAAUUUCUUCAGUCUUACCAGCCGUGACAGUGCCAAUUUCGUCAAGAUCAAACCGAAGGGCAGAACUCCGACCAGAACGCAAGGACGAAUAG